AUGGAGGAGAAGAAAGAUAGUCAUCACAUCCUGGAAAUCAACUUGGUUUCAGCCCAAGAUCAUCUGAAGAAGAAGGCAAACGAAGGUAGUAAAGCACAACAAACCUAUGCAGUGGUUUGGGUGGAUGAUUCGUCGAGGAAAUUAAGAACUCGAAUCGAUUGUUUUGGAGGCGAAAACCCUACUUGGAAUGACAAGUUUCUGUUUCGAGUUUCAUCAGAGUUCAUCAACAGCGCCACCGCCGGAUUCAACGUGGAGAUAUACAAUGUGGGGCGGCGUCACUUGACGAAGGAUUCCCUCGUCGAAACCGCUAGAUGCCUGCUUGAUAGGAUAUCUUCCAAAUUCGUAGUUUCCUGUCUUGGGAAUUUGAUCACCACGGUUCACGUCCAUCGUCCCUCCGGAAGGUUCCAGGGAUUCUUGAACGUUGGCGCCCUGCUUUGCGACAAGGAAAACGCCGGAGCUGAUUUGGUUAUACUACUGAAAGAAUCUUCGGUUGUCAACUUUCACGAAUUAAGUCAACCUAAAUCUCAAGUUAAAGUGGAGGAGGAGGGCAGCACCAAAAGUAGUAGUAGCUUGUUGAAGAAGUUAAGGUUGGUCAUAUCGACGCCGUCGUUGUCAACCAUGUCAGAGCCGUUAACUAGAUCGGAGGUUACAGCUACGAUGAGGACCGUCAAAUCAGAUUCUUCAUUGUCCACAAUGAUUUUAUCUUUUGGCCAUGAAGGGCCGGUGAAACUGAAGUCAUCGGCAUCUCUAUCAACUCUUUUCAGGGACAAUCAAGGUUGA